AUGGAGGUCACUCGCGUGGAUAAGCCUUCCCUGGCGGAGGUCGAGGAUGCGAAAAGGGUCGUGGCAACAGAGGUCUCGCAUUAUGAGCCUGUGUCGGAGGAGGAAAAGGCGCUUGAUCGCAGAGUCAAUCUCAAGUUGGACUUUAUCCUGUUGUUGAUUCUGGCAAUUGGGUUUAUCCUCCUUGGAAUCGACAAGACCAAUGUCGGAUUCGUCGCGACAAGCACCUUCAUCGAGGACGCCAACCUCCAUCCAAACGACAUUCCCAACUCUCUAUCACUGUUCUCCGCUACGUACGUACCCCUGCAACCCGUCUCUUCCAUGAUCGGGCGCUACAUCGGCCCUAAAUGGUGGGUAUGCACCCUCAUGAUCGUCUGGGGGAGCAUCUGCAUAGCCCAUAUCGGGGUGAACAGCACACCAACGUUCCUCGCAUUGCGCCUCCUCCUCGGUGUAGGCGAAUCAGGCUUCACCCCAACCGCAUACUACUACAUGUCCCUAUUCUAUCCGAAAUUCUCCCUCGGCUUCCGCAUGGGUCUGUUCUCGGGGAUGUACUCUGUCGCUGGGGCGUUUGCUGGGCUGUUAGCUUACGGUCUGCUUCACCUUGAUUCGGAGAUACUACACGGCUGGCAGACGGUGUUUCUCUUCGAGGGCGCGUUGACUGUUUUCGUGGCCAUUAUCGGCCUUCUCGUCCUGCCCAUUUCACCAGGGACAGCGUGGUUCUUAACCGCUAAAGAACGGGAGCACGCAGCAAAACGCAUGGCGGCGGACGAUGCACACGCCGGAGAUACAUCAGAGCAUGAAUCGAACAUUACACUCCGCGACGUGAAAGACGUGCUGAAAGACUGGAAGAAGCUGCUCAUCGUCGUAUGCAACAUCCUCAGCGUCCUCCCCGUCACAGCAUUCACCACUUUCCUCCCACUCAUCGUCGAAGGGAUGGGAUACGAAGGGGUCAAAGCAACACUCAUGGCCGUCCCCCCAUUCAUCGUCGGAACAGUCGGACUGAUUAUCAUCGUGUACUCCUCCGACCACCUCAAAGAGCGCAGUCUGCACACCGUCUUCGGGAUGGCACUCGGGCUGAUCGGGUGUGUGGUGAUGGCCACGUCAGGGAACGAGAAACUCCGCUAUGGCUUCGCGCAUGUUUGUCUGGCUGGUGUAUUCGUCGGCGGGCCACUGGUCGCUGUAUGGCUGGCCUCGAAUACACCGGGGAAGGCGGCCAGGUCGAUUAUCCUGGGUAUCAAUGGGUGGAGUAACCUCGCUGGAGUGAUUGCGGGGCAGCUGUUCAAGUCGAGCUAUGCGCCGGGAUAUAGGUAUCCGCUGGUUGUGACGAUGAUACUGAUUGCGGUGGGGAUGGUGGGAUUCUGUGCGAUGCGAGGGCUGUAUAUGUGGGAGAAUCGCCGGAGGAGGAGAGUUAUUGUGUCUUGGGAUGAGAGGGAGUAUGCAGAGGAGCAGGCAAGAGUGGAUAGACGGGGGGAUCAGAAGGUUACCUGGGUUUAUGCUUAUUAA